AUGAACGAGAAGGAGGAAAGGGCCAUGAAACAGCUCGAAAAAGAUGCCCAGACGUCGUUUGGGUACCUUGGGUCAGAUGAAAAAUCGAGCACUACCCGCACGCCAGAGGCCAUGGAUGUGAAAAUCCAGCAGGCUGCUGAUGUGACGAAACUGUCGCCUAAAUGGGUGCAUUUUGUUGCUGGCGGCGUUGGCGGCAUGGUUGGUGCUAUUGCGACGUGCCCGUUGGAUGUGGUGAAGACUAGACUUCAAUCGGAUGUGUAUAACAGAAGUUACAAUAAGGCACCGAAGUCGAGCAAUCCAUUGAUCAAAGGUGCCCAGCACUUUAGCGAGACGUGUGGCGUUAUUGGCCAGAUAUACAGAAUCGAAGGUCCCAAGGCUCUUUUCAGAGGUUUGGGUCCUAACCUUGUGGGUGUCAUUCCAGCCAGAUCGAUCAACUUCUUCACUUAUGGCGCUACUAAGGAGUUUGUCUCGAGUCAAUUUAAUAACGGCAACGAAGCGACGUGGAUUCAUCUUGUUUCAGGUAUUAGUGCUGGCUUUGUCACUUCUACAGCAACCAACCCUAUCUGGAUGAUCAAAACAAGACUUCAACUAGAUAAAACGAAAGGAAAACACUACAAAAACUCCUGGGACUGUCUUCGCUACAUCCUCAAAAACGAAGGUUUCCGCAGUUUGUACAAAGGUUUAAGUGCAUCUUACUUGGGUGGUAUUGAAUCCACCAUCCAAUGGGUUUUGUAUGAACAGAUGAAGUCUUUCCUCAACCGCAAAUCCCUCGAAAGACACGGUCUUGACCAAUCUAAGAAAACCACCUCAGAUCAUAUUUACGAAUGGUGUGCCCGUUCGGGUGCCGCUGGUGCUGCUAAAUUCGUUGCCUCCCUUAUCACAUACCCACACGAGGUUGUCCGUACUAGAUUGAGACAGGCACCUGUGGAGGCCACAGGAAAAUUAAAGUACACGGGACUUGUACAAUGUUUCCGUUUGAUCAUCAAGGAGGAAGGGCUUGUCAGCAUGUAUGGAGGCUUGACUCCACAUUUGCUUCGUACGGUGCCCAACUCCAUCAUUAUGUUUGGAACCUGGGAGCUUGUGGUUCGUUUCUUAUCGCAGAGUUAA